GCGGGCCCACCCGCAACUAUACUCGAAUUACAUCGAGUACGGACCAGGUCAAAAUGGUCACCCAGUUCUCCGAAGCCGAGCGUGCGCUUGGAGCUUGUGACCCCUCUGACUGGCACGACCUGAUGCACAACCCCGAGGGGAUCUGCAGGACGAUGAAGACCUUCUACGCGUCUCAAGGCAAGCUCGACCGGGUCAAAUGGAUGUCUGCAAAUUGUGAAGGCGAGGCGAUGGGCGAAGACGCGAUGACUGUUGCAGCGUCAAAUGGGCACCUGGACGUUGUCCGGUAUCUCCGCGAGCACCUCCGCGUACAAGCUACAAGUGCCGCCAUUGUCGCUGCUGCUGGAAAUGGGCACCUCGAUGUUGUUCGGUACCUCCACGAAAGCGCAUUGGCCCAAUGCUCGACCGAGGACUCAAGAUGUAGCAAAACCUGCGCGCGUGUAGACUCUCAUGAGUCAGACCCAACUGCGUCGAUUCAAGACCGUCCUCGAUUGACUAUCGACACUUCUACGAGCUCAACAAAUGACUCACGCGACGAAGACGACGACCAAGAUGAGUGUCCAAUCUGCUGCGAAGACCUGACUGACCCCUUCACGACGGCUUGCCGCCACACCUUUUGCACCGUGUGCCUCUUUCGAUGGCUCGAGACGAAAAGCACGUGUCCAGCAUGCAGGCAACCGAUCGACAUCCUCAGUCCCGUGGAAGCGAAUGGGCGAGAGAUGUCCGAAGCAAUCCCCUUUGAGCCGUCUCAGUUGGAAGAGGAAGAUGGUGACGAGUCACCCCGGCACUUUAGCCUGUCUGAGUUGGAGGAUGAAAUCGCGCGUGUGUCUGCAGCGCAUCGUACAGCCUCGCUGAUUGCUUCGGGUCGUGGCAACGUCCGGCCGCUUGACCUCCAGACGAGCUCACCUCCAGCGAGUGCGAACUCGUGGUCGUAUACGUAUUUGGGCAUUGAUCGAGAGCAAGAGGAGCCUGAACGGUUUCGUGGACGAUAUCGCUUGCCCAGUUACGACGAUGGAGACUACAGAGAUCCCCGGUAUUUCGAGCCCCAGCCUUGGCCUUCUCAAGCUGAGAUUGCGCGGUAUCACUUGGGUAGCGUGGACAUCGGGGACUACAGAGAUCCCCGAUCCCCAACUUUUCAGCCUCAUCGCUGGCCUAGUCCGUAGUAAACGUGAAGUGUUCACAUGUCAAUACAAUUGAUGUUUCUGUCU